AAAUGGGUUGCCUUGCCGACAACUGGGGAGAUAACAUAAACUGUCUCUGAGGAGACUCCGCUUCUGAAUUCUAACCCCACACUAGUAGGAGCAGAAGGGCAGUGCUUUGGAGAGAGAUGCCAUUGUUUAACAGGAAAGGUCCCUCUGGGUUCUCAGGAUCUUCCACGGCUGAGGAGGUCACUCAAGGGAUUGAUGGAACUGGACUCACUGCCAUCGUCACUGUCUGGACUGCUGUUGCCGAACGAAAUCCGUCUGCGCCAUGCUGCUGCUGCUGUUGUGCCACUGCUCUGCCACAGCUGCACCACUGCCCCGCCACGGCUGCGCCACUGUCCCGCCACUACUCCGCCACGCUACUGCUACUCAAAGUCGAAGUCAAAGUUGAUUUUGCU